AUGGCAACUGAAUAUGACUCUUUUGUUGAAGCCUUUCACAUUUCCUGCGAAGCCGGUGACCUACUAAAAGCCAAGGAAGCCCUGGCCAGCGGUCGACUGACCCCCGAGGACCUAGAGGAGGGACUUGCUCUCGCCACUGGAGAGGCGCAUUCUGAUCUAGUGGCCGUGCUAUUUGAUGCUGGGGCUCCUGUGUCCAAUUUGACAGUAGCUGCUCUUCCUGGGACUUCAGGGGUAAAGCAGCACCCUAGUGUUGUUCGCCAAUAUCUCGAUCAUGGUCUUGACGCCAACGGCAGCUACAGCAACGGCAUUCCUAUCCUAGCUCUAAUGAUGGAUCCUACCUGUGCUCAAGAAUUACUCUCGCGAGGCGCUGACCCUAACCGAUCUGAUCCCCAAGGGGUGACCCCCCUUACCCUGGCCAUUAACAGCACCCGCGAAGAAGAUACAUCUUUAAUUGACCUACUUCUCGCGUCUGGGGCCAAGCUAAAACCGGAUCUGCUCUUUGUUGCGACGGCUCCGCGCGUGCCGCAAGGAGAGUUUAUGACUAGAUUUCUUCUAGCCAAGGGUCUUAAUCCUAAUACAAUGUCUAUUAAGUAUGGCAACCCAAUACACCGCGCUAUCCACUCUGCCAGACCGAAUAUUGUCAAAGUGUUGUUGGAUGCAGGUGCAGAUUCUACAGGACAAUCGGCUCAUCCUCAGUAUCGUGGUGGAAGUCCCUUACAAAUCGCUAAAUGUAUACGGUCGCCUGAGCUCCAGAAGACUAUGCUGGCUCUCCUUCGGUCGCGAGGCAUAGACAUUGACGGAGGCGCUGGUCCCGUGGAAACUGAGUGA